AUGCGACUCAUAAAAAGUUCAUUCAUGCGACUCGCCAAAAGAAUUCAUUCAUGGCUCGCCAAAGAAUUCAUGCGACUCGCCAAAAGAAUUCAUGCGGCAUGCGGCCGCCAAAAAGAAUUCAUGCGACUCGCCAAAAAGAGUUCAUGCGGCUCGCCAAAAGAAUUCAUGCGACUCGCCAAAAGAGUUCAUGCGGUUCGCCAAAAGAAUUCAUACGACUCGCCAAAAAGAAUUCCGAAAAAUUCAUGCAAAUCGCCAAAGAAAGUUCAUGCGGCCCGCCAAAAGAAUUCAUGCGACUCGCCAAAAGAGUUCAUGCGGCCCGCCAAAGAAUUCAUGCGACUCGCCAAAGAAUUCAUGCGACUCGCCAAAAGAAUUCAUGCGCGUGACUCGCCAAAAAAGAAUUCAUGCGACUCGCCAAAAGAAUUCAUGCGGCCCGCCAAAAGAAUUCAUGCGACUCGCCAAGAAUUCAUGCGCGACUCGCCAAAAGAAUUCAUGCCAAAGGACUCAGCCCAAGAAUUCAUGCGACUCGCCAAAGAAUUCAUGGCCCACCAAAAGAAUUCGCCAAAGAAUUCGCGCGACUCGCCAAAAGAAUUCAUGCGAAUCGCCAAAAGUUCAUGCGACUCGCCAAAGAAUUCAUGCGACUCGCCAAAAGAAUUCAUGCGAUCGCCAAAGAAAUCAUGCGAAAAAGAAUUCAUGCGACCCGCCAAAAGAGUUCAUGCGGCCGCCAAAGAAUUCAUGCGACUCGCCAAAAGUUCAUGCGGCCCGCCAAAAGAAUUCAUGCGACUCGCCAAAAGAAUUCAUGCGGCUCGCCAAAAAGAAUUAUGCGACUCGCCAAAAGAGUUCAUGCGGCCAAAAUAA